AUGCUCAAACAUAACGAAGGGUACAACUCCCCGUUGCUUAAUCGCAAUCACAACAAUAGCCAUAUGCAGAUGAAUGGUCCUCGUCAGUACUCUUCUCCAUCCCAAUCUAAAUUCUUUUCUUCACCCUUAAUGCGGAGCACUCAACAAAUCGCGCCCCGAGGGUCUUCUCCCGUAGUUUCAUCUAUUCUCUCGGCAAAUGCAUCGGGAGAGGAAGUGAGCAUAGAUCAUCAUCACACAAUUAUGGAGGAACUGAACGAAGAAAGGAAGAGAGAAAUUGCAGAGGAAAUUCUCAAGCGUUCGGAAAACAGAAAGCUCAGAAAGAUCAAACAGCAAGCAGAGGCAAAGGAAGAACAAGAAGUAAAAUUGUUAAGGGAACAAUCAAGACUGCAACAUAUGGAACGUUUGAGAGAAUUUGAGAAAUCCGAACAACAAGAAAUUGAGUCGGUACGACAAACGUCCAUUGCUCUGGAAGCUGCCUAUCUUGCUAAAACCGAUAGAAAGAAGCGAUUACUUGCUAAAUUAUUCUCUUUGAAUGCUAAACAAAGAGCCAAUGAGAUCGCAUUUGAGGAUGCACAACAUGACAAACUUUCAAUAUCGUUGAAUCAAGUAGUGGACUCGGCCAAAACAAAAACACGGGAAUAUAUUGAAGAACGAUCCGAGAAUCAUAACACCUAUUUGAAAGGUCAUUUCAUCAAACACUUUGAAGACUUUAUCUCUAUUCCAAAAGAGAACGAGUAUGAAGAAAUAAGAGAAUCCAUUGGGGAGUUUAUAUCUCCAGCAAUUCAAAAGAUUAAGGAUGAGCAAGAGCAUGCUCAACAACCGCAUGAAUUACUCUAUAAAAAGGAAAAGGAGAAAUACUUUCUUGUGUUAACGAACCAGGUGAGAGAAUACCACGAUAAUCUAUUUGAUAACUGCUGUAAUCAGAAAGUAGAAGAGAUCAAUAGAGGAAAAAAUAUAAUUCAAUUAACACCCGAGGAAAUCACCGAAUUUUUAGAGGCUGAUAUUGAGGAAUAUGAAACAGACAUUGGAGUUGUUGAUGCUGAGCUCGAUAGGAUGAAAAAAGAGAUUUUUGAAUGGAAUGAAAAAGUGCAGCUUAAAAGGGAAUACAACGACAAGCAAAUUGAUGCCGUUAAACAACAGGUUUCUUCCUCUUCUAGGUCAAACGAAAAUCUUAAGCUUUCAAUCCAAAAAUUGAAAAAGCAAUUACAACAACUCAAACAACAGGAAGAAAAAUAUUUAGAAAAUACCACUGACUCGUUGAUGGGGUUAAUGGAACUAACUUCCAAGAAUUUGAACGUGGAAAUUCCAAAAAUGCAACAAAUGAAGGGAGAGGUUGAAAAAGAACUUCAGGAGUUGGGUGUUAGGCUCCACCAAACAGAGUCUGAUGCUAAUUCUGAAUUGCAAAAUUUGAAAAUUGAAGAGGAGGCUGUCAAAGAUCUUGAAUCAAAGAACAAGGAGAUUGAAGAUAAAGCCCUUCAACUUGAAAAUAAUAUUAUGAAACUAUCCCAAAGAAAACAAGAAUUGGAAAAAGAAGUUAAUGAUAUUCAAAAGAAACUAUCCUGUUUAAAGUACAACAAACAUCUAUCGUCUGUUAGGUUUGAGGUAGAGAUGUACAAGGAUAUGCAACGUUCAAUGGAACUCAACUCAAAAAUAGUUCAAAUAGAACAACGUUUUUACAAGCAUCAAAGUUUGAAGUUUGACGAUUUACUGAAAGAACAGUACUCCGCCUUGCAAAACCAAGCAUCCACAAACUUUGAAAAACUUCAGAAAAUGAUUCAUUUGUAUGCAGUAAUGAGAGCCAUUUGUAUCAUUGACUCUAUUUCAGAUACUCCUAUCAUCACUAUUUUGGCAGAAAAGCAACUGGAUUUAUUUGAAGAAAUGAAGAGUUUAAUGAAAAAGAAAGCCCCAGAAGACGUACUGUCCACUACCGUGACAAGAGUGCAUCAGUUACAUCCCAUAUUGACUUUAUUUUCCAACUUAUUUGAAAGUGAUUGCAAUAAGUUUCACCAAGGUGUAUUGUCGCAAAAAUUGGACUCUCUUAAUGAACUGAAACAUGUCAAUUUUAGGUCGAAAUUCAUAGAGAAGAGACUUUCAGCGAUAUUGUCUAUUCUUUUAGAAAAGAGCAAUUCAGAUCUAGAAACAAUAAUUUCUAAAGAUGCAUUAACGAAGGACACCUAUUGCUCCUUUGUUGAUCCUCUAUUACAUGAGCACGUAUAUAGCUUGGAAGGAGAGAAAACACAAGAUAUUUUCUAUUCUACUAUUAGCCAUGGUGAGCUGGAUGAAAUUCAUUUGGAAAAUGUAUUUAAGGAAAUUGAAUUACAUUCCAAGAAAACUAUGGAAAAGUACUCCCUCAGCGAUCCCUCAAACAUCCAUUUGUUUUACAAAAUUGAAAAAAUCACGAAAUUUAUUUGUGAUAAGGAGAAUUUAGAUAUUGCUGGAGAGGAUGAAAAGUUAAAACGAAAGAUUUCCUUGAUCAAGAAAGAGAAAGAACGAGCUUUAGAAAAUCAAAGAAAAUUAGAAAGCAUUGAAAAAAAGAAUGCCUCCCAAGAUAUGCCGCUUAGUCCGUCCAUGGUCAAUCGUGAACCAGGUCAAACAAUUUCACCUCAGCUCGAUGAAAAAACUUCAGUUAUUGUGGACGAAGAAAGAAAAAGUAGACAAAAAACGUCUACAUUUUCUCCCAGUCAAAUUUUAUCGAAAUUUGAGAACAGAAAAUCUCUUCAAAACUAA